GACAGGCAUCGUGCCCCCAGAGCGGGGCGGGUGAGGGGUACAGGCAUCUGCCCCCAGGCGGAGCGGCGGGCGCGCGUGCCCCGUGAGCAGGCGGGGCGACAGGCAUCGUGCCCCACAGGCGCUGAGCGGGCGGGCGUGGGGCACCGGACCCCCAAAUGGAGCGACAGGUCUCGGGCCCUCAAGGCGGAGCGGCGGGGCGCCGGACCCCAGGCGCGGGGAGCGACAGGUCUCGGGCCCUCAGGCGGUAGCGACAGGUCUAGGGCCCCCAGGAGCGGGGCGGCGGGCGCCGGAUCCCCCAGGCGGGAGCGGCGGGCGGGCGCUGGACCCCCAAGCGGAGUAGUAGCAAUACAAGGUCUCUCGGGCCCCCAGGCGGAGCGGCGGGGCACCGAGUCACCAGGCACGACAGUGGGGCUCCGAGUCAACUGGUAUGACCGCAGGCACUGGGUCAGACAUUGUAUGGUCUGGCGCUGGACAGCGGCAUCGGGUCACCAGGCAUCAGGUCAUUUGGGCUCGACAGCGGGCACCGCGUCAGGAUCUGGCAACGGCAGUGUGGGCUCUCGAGUCAACUGGUAUGACCGCGGGCACUGGGUCAGACAUUGGAUCGUCUGACCGGACAGCGGGCAUCGGGUCACCAGGCUCAUCAGGUCAUUUGGCUCGACCGCAUAGGGCACCGCGUCAUCUGGCAAGGCAGUGGGGCUCCGAGUCCAACUGUAUGACCACGGGGGUCACUGGGUCAGACAUUGGAUCGUCCUGACUGGACAGCGGGGCAU